CCCCGGAACUCGCCUGCGGUAGGUACAGGGCCGAAGUCGCCCGUUGCUAUGGGAGCGGUUGGUCGUUUGGUCGUUGGGCCCUGGAGGCGGUACGGCCGCACAUAGGUGCGGGGUCCAGAAAUGGAGGGGUUACCCGAGGAGAAAAUGGACCUGAUCGCUUCUGCAUUCAGCUCUCUGACAGUAAAGCAGCAGAGUGAGGUGAUGUCGCGGUUACUUCGCUCUUGUCAGCUGCCACAGCUGAAAGAGAUCUACAAUGAAUUGUGUCCCAUGUUAUCCAUUGAUUUUGUGUCAACGCUACCCCGAGAGUUGGUGGAAAGAAUAUUUUCAUAUUUAUCUGCAGAGGAUCUAUUCAGAAUGGCGUGCUGUAACAAAUCAUGGAGGGAAUUCGCAAACACUAAUAUUCUAUGGCAACCAUUAUGUGCUCUGAAAAACUGGCUUAACUUUGACACUGACGAGCAACUCUUCUCUAAAAACCAGUACAGUUACAGUCCCACAGUCUUUGCAAUGAAAAAGCAUAUUCUAGAGUAG